GGCAGACAUGAGUCUGUGCUGAGAUCUGCUGAGAGCUGCGGAGGAGCAGAGAGAGGAAGCUCAGACCUGGAGCGGCUCACACCGUGGAGAGUCAGCGGCUCAUGCAGAGACUCCACGCCGCUGAAGCUGCUCCUGCUCCGGCUGAGUGACGCGCUCCGUCCAUGCGGAGGCUCGCGCUCGUGCUGCUGCCCUGCGCCGUCGCCGUCCUGGUGCACUUAUGGUCGGCUCAUAGACCCUCCUCCACCCCGCCGGACAACAACACACACUCGGAUGAAGCGUUACCUUUCUAUGAAGUUUUGGUGGGAGUGCUGUCAGCGAGACACCAUCAUGAACUCCGACAAGCGAUAAGAGAAACCUGGCUGGGCUACCUGAGACAUCACCCCCACUUCCAGCACAGAGUGGGGGUGAAGUUCAUCGUCGGGGAGCAUGGGUGCGCCAUUCCAGAGGAGGACAGAGAAGACCCGUACUCCUGCUCGCUCCUCAACUUCACAGAGACCGGCCGGGAUGCAGAGAUGGAGAUCGUGACGGUGUCUGACCCCUCGGCGCUCGCCCCCUCCGAUGUGUCCGCCAUCGCCCUGGAUUUCAAGGUGCUCCACCCGGUGGUGAUCACCCGGCUGGGGGUGUUUCCCAGCGGGACCCGGCCCGAGCUUCAGAGCAAUGUGACGGUGAAGCUCCUCCAGCUGGACCAGGAGGAGGCCGUGGUCACCGCUCGCUUCAGCGCCAUCAGCACGGGAACGCUGGUGAACGGAGUCUGGUACAAACCAGUGGAGCAGUUCAUCCUGCCGAAGGGUUUCGAAGGGACCCUGGUUUGGGAGAAUCUGGACUCUGCAGGUCUGAGCACGGUGAACUCGACCUCUGUGCAGCUCAACGACGGAGGAGGAGUCCUGAAGAUCUCCUCUAUCGCAGAGGGCAUAUUGCCUCAUAGGAGCGCGCUUGGGUUUCCUGGUUUGGCCGGAGGCUUCACCUUCACCAUCUACGAUGGAGACGGCUUGUCGGGGCUCCUGCGGGGACGCCCGGGCCGCAUGGAGCGGCACGCCUCCAGGCUGAGGCGGGAGGACGGCGCGCUGCAGGAGGAGAGCCUGAGGCACGGCGACAUGGUGUUUGUAGACGUGGUGGACACCUACAGGAACGUGCCUUCCAAACUGCUUCAGUUCUAUAAAUGGUCUGUGGGAAACGCUGACUUUAAUCUGCUGCUGAAGACGGAUGAUGAUUGUUACAUCGACGUGGACUCUGUUUUAAUGAAGAUUGACCACAAAGGUCUCAAGCGCAGCAACUUCUGGUGGGGGAAUUUCAGGCAGAGCUGGGCCGUGGAUCGCAUCGGGAAGUGGCAGGAACUGGAGUACCCUAGUCCGGCGUACCCUGCAUUCGCCUGCGGCUCCGGGUACGUGGUCUCUCGGGACCUGGUCCAGUGGCUCGCCAGCAACGCUGAUAAACUGAAGGCCUACCAGGGAGAGGAUGUGAGCAUGGGGAUCUGGAUGGCAGCUGUAGGACCGCAGAAAUAUCAGGACUCUGGCUGGCUCUGUGAGAAGGAGUGUUACCUGGACAUGCUGUCGUCCCCCCAGCACACGGCCGAGGAGCUGCACAACCUCUGGGACAGAAGGAGGAGCUGUGGAGACCCCUGCGGCUGUCCCUGGGGACACUGAAUCUGUCUCACGCCACUCUCACCCGGGGGGUAAACUGCACUCAACACGGGACCGUCUGUUCCUCUGGUGUCCUGAGGGAUCUCAGACUUUUAUUGAUUAUUGUUUAAAGAGAACACGUCUGAAAUGUUGGACUUUCAAACCUUCAGCAUCACCGCAGGUUUAUCUGAACGAAACACUGAACACACUGAACCAUUCGCUGCUCCAGGAGAAGAUAAAAAACCCAUGUUAGCUUUAGCAUACUGUUAGCAUCUGCAUCACGAACUCAGUUAUUAAAUUUCAGAUUGAAGUGUCCUCAGAGGAAGAGGCGAACGUGGAGAAAUACUGUGGAUUUGUGUGCACAAUCACUGCUGUAAGACUUGAGUCCUUUGUAAUAUUUAGAAUCCAGGUUUUAAAGGGAUCUGAGGGGAUUUUAACGACGACCGCUCAACAUCACUAUAUUUUGUAAAUUACUGUCUUAAGCUUUUCAUCCUCUUCACUCUUUGUAGAUUUAUGACGAAGCUUUCUCACACACACACACACACACACACACACACACUUUGUACUGUAACUGUCAUUGUGCAAAUGGUGAUGUGGCCUUACUGUCUUUGUUCGGCGUCAUGCUGUAUGUGUGUAAACGGAUUUCAAUGAGUGUAUUUAAAAACACACGUUUUUGGAACUUUGCGCAGCGAGAGGAGCUGUGAGUUAGAGUCCCUGGUUUUAUGAAACUGUCCUCACGGGAAAUAAAGAACACCUUAAAGAGA